AUGAGGGGUGCCUGGUGGUGCCUUCUCUUGGUUAUCGCCGCCGGUAGUGACGCUUCGAAGGGUGUUCCGUCUAGAUUACCGAGAACUAGUGCUGGACAGUUGGCGGCGGCGGCUGCCGCCCAGAAUAAGACUGUGUAUCAGUUGAGGAAUUUGAACGGUAAAAAUGGGACUGUGAGUGCAGGUACGAAUACGAGUACUGUGGGUCCACCACCUGGAAGAGGGUCUUCAAGUAGAGCACGGGAGCAGUACCUAUUCAACGUUUUCGAAGCCAUAAUCUCAACAUUAGAAUCUAAACUACAAAGGAUAGAAAACCUAGAUAAAGCAGUCGAACAUCUGAUGCGUAGAGUAGAAGGUCUUGACGAUAGAGUCAAUAACAAUAUCGACAAAACGGAAUCUGUUAUAGCAAAAUUACGAACGAUAGAUUCAAAAUUAUUCUCAACGCCCAAUCGUCUUCAUCUUGAAAAGAAAUUUGAUUCGUUCUCUGAAGCGGAAAGCAAUAACUUAGGAAAGAGAUUGCUAGCUUUAGAUCAAAAAGUUACCGAUAUAGACGAUAAGUUGAGUGUUUUAAAAAACCAACUAGAUAAUAAUUCUUUACAAGGUGAGGAUAUUAACGCAGAAGCUAGUGAAAAAAGAUCUGUUAGCAUGAAUGUUAUCGAAAUAACUAAAGCUUUAAACACCGAAGUUAUUAAUCAUAUAACUAAGGAAUUAGGACAACUAAGAGAAACGACUUGUGGAGUAGACAGAAAAUUACAAUUCCAUAUCAAUUUGGUACAAGAAAAUUUAGGUAAAAUGAUGAAUUUAAUGUCAGAUGUACACCAUGCCAUAAUAGAUGAUCAUAAAGGUUAUAACAACUACUACAACAGAUCGAGUACGACCACGCAUCGACCAGAUAGGCAGAAUAAAAUAGACAGUCUAGUUGAAAAAAUAAAACCAAUAAUAACAGUAUCUGAAAAAAUGGACGAAGUCUGGAAUGUCGUCGUAGGAACCAAAAGUUCCGUAGACGAUCUAGUACCAAAAUCAGAUGAACUAUUAACACAAACCCAAAGACAAGAAAGAGCUAUCGGUGAAAUUCAUAACGAUUUAAGAAUGAAAACAAAUAAAAUCAUUGCAAACUUAGAUAAAGUUGAGAAGAGGCUAAAAAAACAAGAAGAUGAUGUAGCAACCUUAGCUCAAAAGCCUGUCCCACCUGAACUACUUUUAAAUCCUUCCUUGGACAAUCUUGACGAUUAUGAAUCCACGAGAUUCAUCGAAGAAUAUUCUACGGAUACCACACUUCCAGGUGGAGGUUUUACAACUAUACCUCCACCUGUAACUCAGACUUCUGUUCAAAAUAGUGUGUCUUCCCAAGUUGGAGGAACGAUUUCUACUACAGAAAAACGAGUGGAGAAAAGAAAAGGCGGCGUUAUAUUUCCCAGUGUAAAGAAUAAACCUACGCAUGUAAAUUCGACUUUUGUUACUUCGGAUGUUUCACAAACUAUAAAGGAUGUUAAGGGAUACUCUUGCGUUGACUUCUUAAGUGCUGGAAUGAGAAACUCGGGAAUCUAUUACCUUCAAAUUCGAGGCACCACAUACUGGUUUUUGAAAGUUUGCUGCGAACAGGAAAUAGCAGAUGGAGGCUGGACAGUAAUUCAACGAAGAGACGAUUUUGGCUACCCCAGAGAAAACUUUAACAGAGACUGGAACGAUUAUAAAAACGGAUUUGGAGAUCCGUCGAAAGAAUUUUGGCUUGGCAACGAAAAUAUUUACAUGUUAACCAAUAACGAAGAAUACGCUCUUAGAGUGGAACUGGAAGAUUUUGAAGGAAACAAAAGAUAUGCACAGUAUUCUCAUUUCAAAAUCUACUCUGAAGCGGAGUAUUACAAACUUGAAAUAGAUGGAUACGAAGGUAACGCCGGUGAUUCACUUAACGAUCCUUGGUAUGGAAGCAACAACAGUCCAUUUUCUACAUACAAUAGAGACAAUGAUCGAUCAAGUUUGAAUUGUGCAUCCAUGUUGAAAGGAGGAUGGUGGUGGAAGUCGUGUGGUAGGGGGCUUAACGGUCUUUAUCUCAACGACCCUCAAGAUCUAACAGCCAGACAAGGUAAACACUUUGAUUUUUUAUUGAAUUCUACCUUCGUACAGGGUGGCGCAAAAGUA